AUGAGGCAUCCUGGACGUAUUCACAACCGUAUACGCUCUGAUCUCCCUCCCGAUCUACCUGCGGAGCGUGCGGCCACGCCAGCUCGUUUUUCCUGGCCUCUCGUUAUUGACGUAUUCUUGGAAUACGACGACAAGGAGCUGCUCAUGGCGCUCGGGUGCCUCUGUCGUCCCUUCCGCGAGCGCACUCGCGCCGCGCUCUUCCGUAGUAUUCACAUCGACGUCUGUCCCACGCAGGAGAGCAAGUCGCGUGACCUGACAUAUCUGUCUCGACUCUUGAGCAAGCGGUGGAGGAACGUGCGGAGCAUCGGGGACUGGAUAGACUUCCUCCGCAAGCGGCCUUGGGCGCAAGCAGCAAUCACGGAUGUUACGAUCAGUGGUAGACCCUGGUUGCAGAAGUGGCCUACUUCAAGCAAUUCAGUUGCCCCAGGACCUGCGUACAAUGGUGGCGGCAUACGAGCGAGGCUCCGUAGCUUGUCUCUGUCGAGGAACAACGCCGCUUCGGACCCGUCGCAGUGGGAAUACGUCCCACCACAGUUCUCCAUCCACCUCCUCUCCUACCUCCUCACCGUCGUCAGAGGCAUCAAAGUAUUAUCGCUAGACACCCUCACGUUCGACAACAAUAUGCAUUCCUGGGUAGCGGAUUCAAUUCCGCGUCUCUCGGACGUAACCGCACUGACGACCCUCUCCAUCUCGAGAUGCGUGUCUACUACGCGUGGCCACCUUAUCGAUGCUCUUUUCAUCUUUCCCUUCAUUGAGGAGCUGUCGGUGUCGUACCCUGGUCCGCAAGACGGCGUGCCUAUGCUCGCAGACGACGCGCAGGUUUCCGCGGCCAACGUCGCGUUAGAACUCGCACGGCGACGGGUGGUGCCCCGAAUCUUGAAGUUGUCUCUGAACAGCCUGGAUUUGGAGAGGAGUGAGGCGCGCAUCGCGGCGCUCAAGGACUUUAUCUGGUUUGCGCACGGCCAGGACAACAGGAGCCUGUCUGCGGUGCGGCUGCGCGCGCGGACAUGGUCAGAAGCGAGGCAUCUUGGGACGUUCCUUUCCCGCGGUGAAUUUGCGAGUCCUGUGACAAGCUUGGAAUUGGACGUCUCGCAGAUGCUCUUCAGUCCAGUUGACCCGUUUCGGACAUGGGCCGAGCUCGGGCUCGGCGCGACGGAAAAUCUGAGGGAUAUCGUGCUCUGGCUGGAAAUUCCGCCCAGCUAUGACCGAAAGCUUUCUCCGCUGGGCCCAGAAGGUCUGUUCGACAAGGUCUUGCAUCUCCACGCCGACCUCUUCGAGUCCUUCGCGAGCAGAUGGAGCGAGGUGCGUGAAGUUACGUUCCGUGUCUCGUUCCCACGCGCGGAGAUCGGAAACGCCUUCUUCGCGGCCCUUGGUCAUCGGAAGCGCGGCCCAUGGAGACGCUUCCGCAACAAAUUCACCAGGAUGGGGGCGCUCCAGGAGGUGCACUUCAGGUUUACCGUACCGCGGGACUUUCCUGACGCUCAGACAUUGAAACGGAGGUUGUGGGACGCUACAGGGGAGGUGUUAGGUCUGACGAGCCGCAAGAAGCAUGGCCCACUCUGGCGUGACAAGGAGUUAUCAGCAGCUGUUACGCUCGAGAGGCAAGGCGUCACAGCUACUGUAGCCGCCUUCGGGACCUCCUGGUACGCACAGAGGUCAUACCAAGCGAAGAAGGAAGAGUCAAAAUCACCUGCUGCAAUUCCGACAUGGGAGUACCGAAUGACGUCGACGCAGGAACAUCAGCCCCAAUCGAACUCACAAGAGCCCCUCAUCCACCGGACACGCGGCGAUUCGAUGGAGCCCGUCGGCCCGAAGGACGUUACAACACCAAAAGACCCUGCGCAGCCUGGUACGGGCCAAAGUGCCACACUGUCGAAAGUGCAGCAACUGCAGAGUUUUAAGGACGGUAAUUAG